UAUGUUCCACUGCAGCAUCAGUGCAAAAAAAAGGAGAGAGAGGAAAAAAGACACGACUCAGUGGACGGGAAAGAGAAAAUAAAGACAGAGAAGAAGAAGAAGAAGAAGAAGAAGAAGAGGAAGAGAGCGUGACGAGAAGACAGAGAGAGACGUGACACCUGCAGAGCCGGCAGCCGGAGCAGCGACCUGACCGAGAGGCUCCAUCAGAGUUUGGACUGUGAACGCAUCACACACACACACACACACACACACACUUAAACAACUAAAAGCCCAGUUGUGUACCCGUCCCUGCUCUCCAGAGGGUCCCGGGUCCCUGGAGUGUGUGUCUGUCUGGGUGUGUUGAUGAGUGUGUGGGUGUCCCGCGUCACUUUUCAUGGGACAUUGAGAGAUGUGUGUGUCACAGCGCCGGUGGACGGGCUAUAGGGGGCCGCACUCCCCCGGCCUCCCCCUCAUCCUCCUCCUCCUCCUCCCUUUGUCCUUCCUCUCCUCGACACCUCCGCUCGCUCAGGGAGCCAUCCACAUCCCCGACAACUAUAAAGUGCAGAACAUGUCGCAGCCUCCGGUUCUGACCGAGUGGCCGACGUCGUUCACAGCUUUCUCUCGAGAGGACAUCUAUCUGCCCUGUGAGGCAUCUGGUAACCCAACACCCACAUACCGCUGGGUGAAGGACGGCGAGGAGUUCGGGCCGGAGCGUAAAGGAUCCGGGACGCUGCGAGCCGAUGACAACGCGACGCUCAACUUGUACGAAGGCCGGUACCGCUGCUACGCCUCCAACACCCUGGGGACCGCCGUGACACAAACAGUAAAGGUCAUCGUGGAGCCUCAACCAGUUCUUCUGAAACAACAGAAACAACAUAAGAAAGCGUACGAGGGAGAAAGCAUGAUCCUGUCCUGCAACCCUCCAGAGAGCUCCACUCCUCCACACAUCCACUGGAUGGACAAGAAGAUGGUUCACAUCAAGCAGAACGACCGCGUGAUGGUCGGCCUGGACGGGAACUUGUACUUCUCCAACCUGCUGAAGAGCGACAGCAGAGACGACUACAUCUGCAACGCCCAGUACGCAGCCGCCCGGACGAUUCUGCCUGAGACCGCCGUCAGACUCACCGUCAUGUCCAGUAACGAUGUCGGUCAAGGUAAAAAGCCGCACUUCUUCCGUCCCAGCACCCCCCACAGCUCAGUGCCGGCCCUCAGAGGGGAGAGCAUCACCCUGGAGUGUCUCCCCAAAGGACUACCCACACCGAAGGUGGAGUGGAAGAAGAAGGACGGGAGCCUGGACGACACGAGUGGCCAGCAGCAAAUGAGUAACCGCUGGCUUCACUUCGACGCCAUCACGCUGGAGGACGACGGCGAGUACGAGUGCAGAGCCGUCAACAUCCACGGCUCCACGACACACUCCUUCACUGUCAGUGUGGAAGCGGCGCCCUACUGGGUGAAGGAACCUGCCAACCUGCUGUACGCUCCUGGAGAAACUGUGCGGCUGGAGUGUCAGGCUGAAGGCAUCCCGACGCCCACCGUCACCUGGAGCAUCAACGGUGAAGCAGUCACAGGGGUGGAUGAAGAUCCUCGCCGCAGCGUGUCGGGUGGCGUGUUGAUCCUGAGGGAUGUUGAAUUUGCUGACACGGCGGUGUAUCAGUGCGAGGCCACCAACAAGCACGGCUCCGUCCUCGUCAACACCUACCUCUACGUCAUCGAGCUCCCCCCUCAGAUCCUGUCCUCUGAUGGAGUGGUGUACCGAGUCACCGAGGGCGGCAGCGUCAAGCUGCACUGCGAAGUCUUCGGCUCUCCGCGGCCGCACAUCACAUGGGAGGGUGAGGACAGGCUUCCUCUGCUGUCGGACCCUCGUAUCUCCCUGCUGACCAACGGAACGAUCGAGGUGUCGGACGUCAGUCACGACGACAGCGGAGCGUACACCUGCUCCGUCAAACACACCAACAUCUCCAUCACCGCUCACCUGGAGGUCUUCAACCGGACCGUGAUACUGACGGGCCCGCAGGACCUGCGAACUCUCAGAGGAACCAGCGCAGUGCUGGACUGUCGCUUCUACAAAGACCCUCGGCUGCACAAGUACGAGAUCGUCUGGAGGAAAGAUGGAGAAGAGCUGGAGGAAUCAUCACCAAAUGACAAGUACACUAUCCAUAAGAACGGCUCUUUGAAGGUGACGGACGUCCAACCAGACGACAACGGUUUUUAUUCCUGUGAUGUCAUCACAACCUUGGACAACGCGAAAGCCACAGGUUCCAUCACUGUAGUAGCUCCGCCCGACCGGCCCAAAGAUCUCACUCUGUCUGAUGUUGAAGACUUCAGCCUCACUCUCAGCUGGAUCCCAGGAAACUCACACAACAGCCCCAUCACAGGGUUCAUUGUGGAGGCCCGGGAGGAGCAGCACACAGAGGAGGGGAAGUGGAAGUGGGAGGAGUGGAAGAAAGUGCCCGGAGACUUCAACCACCUGCAGCUGAGCCUCCACCCGUACUGCAUCUACCGCUUCCGGGUCAUCGCCGUCAACGAGCUCGGCCAGAGCGAGCCCAGCGAGCCCUCGAGGCACCACAGCACCCCGCCGGCCAUUCCUAACAGUAACCCCACCGGUGUGCGCAGUGAUUCCUCCGACCCGAAGACUCUGGUCAUCACCUGGGAUGAGAUGGACAAGCGCUCCCACAACGGCGAGGGCUUCCUGUACAAGGUGUUUUGGCGGGAAGCCGGGAGGCCGGACGCUCAGUGGAACCACCGCGACGUACAGUCGCCGCCAUUCUUGGUGAACAACACGGGAACGUACACGCCGUUUGAGAUCAAAGUCCAGGCUGUCAACACGAUCGGAGAUGGACCGCCGCCGAAACCUGCGUACGGACACUCCGGAGAGGACAAACCGGAGGAAGCUCCCACCGGAGUCCACACGACUGUGAUGAACAGCACCAUCAGAGUGAAGUGGAACGAAGCCCAGAACGUCAGAGGUCAGCUGCUGGGAUACAAGAUCUACAUCAGGCGGCUGGGAUCCCAGGAGGGCCGCGGCAGGAGGUCUCUCGGAAAACUGCACCGCGAUGAGGAGAGAGAGGAGAGGCAGAAGCGAGGGAAGGAGAGAGACAGGGAGAGCAGGGUGGUGGUGGUGGAGGGCAAGAACACGUCAGAGGAGGUGACGGGGCUGCAGCUGUACUCUCGCUACGAGCUGUCCGUCACCGCCUUCAACAGCAAAGGAGAGAGUCCGCACUCCCCCCCGCACCACUUCAGCACCCCGGAGGGAGCUCCUGGUCCGCCUGCAUCGCUGAGGUUCGAGAGCCCGACGGAGAGAUCGCUGAUCCUCCACUGGACUCCUCCACUCGAGCCCAACGGCAAACUGCUGGGAUACAUGGUGCAGUACCAACAGGAGGUGGAGAGCAGAGACAGCCCGCUGCAGAUGCAGAUGAUCAGUGAUCCCAGUGUGCUUCACCUUGAGUUGGACCCUCUGGACCCGAGCAGCCAUUACAUCUUCAAAGUCAUCGCACGCACCGCCGCCGGAGACGGACCUCCCAUCACAGGGCGCGGCGCCACCCUGCUGGAAGGAGUUCCUCCGUCCAACAUCACCAUAGUUUCCAGUAACACGUCCCUCAACCUGAGCUGGGUGCCCGGAGAGCGAGACAGGAACCACGGCUUCCACGUCAGCUACCUCAGGAAGAGCCCCGGGUGUGACUGGCAGGAGUCUGAGGUGUUGAACUCCACGCAGGGUUUCUAUUCGCUGGCAGGCCUCCAACCAGGAAGUCAGUACCACCUGAAGAUCAUACAUGGAAACAACACCCACUGGGAGGGUCUGGCGUUCACCAUGGGCCCUGUGCCGUCAGAGAUGCCCGGUGGGUUCGCCACCCAAGGCUGGUUGAUUGGACUCAUCAGCGCCAUCGUGCUGCUGCUGCUGAUUCUGCUCAUCCUCUGCCUCAUCAAGCGCAGCAGGGGCGGCAAAUACGCAGUGAAGGACAAAGAAGACAAGGAGGUGGACUCUGAAGCUCGACCGAUGAAAGACGAGACCUUUGGAGAGUACAGAUCCUUGGAGAGCGAUGCAGACGAGAAGCGCUCUGACAGCCAGCCGUCUCUGUGCGGGGAGAGUAAGCUGGGCAGCGACGACUCUCUGGCCGAAUACGGCGACAGCGUGGACAUCCAGUUCAACGAGGACGGCUCCUUCAUCGGCCAGUACAGCGGCCGGGGGCCCGUUCCCCACGGCAACGAGAGCUCUGGCCCCGCCUCCCCCGUCAACCCAGUCCCGCCUCCCCCCAUCGCUCCAUCCAUGUCGAGCAUCCUGAACCGACCCAGCUAGACACACACACACACACACACACACAUUCAUUACAAAGCAUCACACACACACAGACACACACACAAAGGGACAGACCACUCCUGAAUCCACUGCCUGUAAUGUUAUAGUGCAAGAACACACACACACACACACACACACACACACACACACACAGUCUGAAUACAUUCCACAGGUUUAUGCAGUGAAGCUGUUUACAGGAUGUCUCGCCUUUUCUACGAGUUUACACACACACACACACACACACACACACACACACACACACACACACACACACACACACUCACUCACCUAAAGCAAACACCACCCUUCACUCUUCUAUCAGAAAGAAAGACAGAAGGACGGGAGACAGUUGCACCAGCUGUUUGUUUCUAGUGACGGCAGAAAUCUUUUCCUCUCUGUGAGUGCUGCAGUCGACUUACAUGUUAAUGAACACGAUACUGAAGCGUUUAUACUCUCUGGAACCCAGUUUCAGGCUGGUAGUGAGUUACAUUUCCAUUACAACAGCAUGAAGGUGUGUUUAACUGAUGCUGAGUCUUCCUCUCAGCAGCUGUUUCAUUUCUUCCAAAUGCUUCAGAAUAAAAGCAUGCUGUUACGUAGUUAUUUUAAAAAAAAAAAAAAAAAAAAAA